AUAGGAAUAUCAAUGAUGAGAGAGAAUCAUUGAUUGGCUGCCUCCUACAUGCCCCAACUGGGGAUUGAGUUGCAACCCAGCCAUAUGCUUCCACCCGGAAUUGAACUGUGCCCUCCUGGUUCAAUGCUCAAUCACUGAGCCACCCCAGCUAGAGAAGAGUCGUGUUUUUGCAGUGAGUCUAGCUGAUCUGCAGAACUAUGAAGUUGCAUUUAGAAAAAUCAAGACAAUUACCGAGGCUGUUCAAGACAAACACUACCUAAUUUUCAUCGCAUGGAUGUUACUCGUGACAGAAUGUGCUCCAUGGUCAAAAAAUGGCAAACCAAGCUCAUAUUGAUGUCAAGACUACUGGUGGUUAGUUCCUUCGUCUACUCUGUGUUGGUUAUAUUGAAAAAAGCAACGAUCAGAUUCGGAAGACUUCUUUGCUCAGCAUCAGCAGGUCCACCAAAUCCAGAAGAAGAUGAUGGACAUCAUGAGCCGAGAGGUGCAAAUGAUUUGAAAGCAGUGGUCAAUAAAUGGAUUCCAGCUGGCAUUGGGAAAGACAUGGAAAAGCUUUGCCAAACUAUUUAUCCGGUCCAUGAUGUCUUUGUUAGAAAAGUCAAAAUGCUGAAGAAACCCAUUCCCUGCAAGCUUCAGAUCUUGCCUCAGGCUCUCUUCCCUGGCUUCCUUCAGGUUUGUCUUCCUUGUUGGAGUGUCUGCAGUUGACCUGCUGCUCCCUCACCCUUCGGAGAGAUGUCUGUCACUUACGAUGAUUCCGUUGGAGUAGAAGUGUCCAGCGACAGCUUCUGGGAGGUCGGCAACUACAAGCGGACCGUGAAGCGAAUCGACGAUGGCCACCGCCUGUGCAGCGACCUCAUGAACUGCCUGCAUGAGCGGGCGCGCAUCGAGAAGGCGUAUGCGCAGCAGCUCACCGAGUGGGCCCGGCGCUGGAGGCAGCUCGUGGAGAAGGGGCCUCAGUACGGGACGGUGGAGAAGGCCUGGAUGGCCGUCAUGUCCGAGGCGGAGAAGGUGAGCGAGCUGCACCUGGAGGUGAAGGCCUCCCUGAUGAACGAGGACUUCGAGAAGAUCAAGAACUGGCAGAAGGAGGCCUUUCACAAGCAGAUGAUGGGGGGCUUUAAGGAGACCAAAGAAGCCGAGGACGGCUUUCGGAAGGCACAGAAGCCCUGGGCCAAGAAGCUGAAAGAGGUAGAAGCAGCAAAGAAAGCCUACCACGCAGCGUGCAAAGAGGAGAAGUUGGCGAUAUCACGAGAGAGCAAUAGCAAAGUGGACCCAUCCCUGAACCCUGAACAGCUUAAGAAGUUGCAAGACAAAGUAGAAAAGUGCAAACAAGAUGUCCUUAAGACCAAAGAGAAGUACGAGAAGUCCCUGAAGGAGCUGGACCAGAGCACCCCCCAGUACAUGGAGAACAUGGAGCAGGUGUUCGAGCAGUGCCAGCAGUUUGAGGAGAAGCGCCUGCGCUUCUUCCGGGAAGUUCUGCUCGAGGUUCAGAAGCACCUAGACCUGUCCAAUGUGUCCAGCUACAAAAACAUUUACCGUGAACUGGAGCAGAGCCUCAAAGCUGCCGACGCGGUGGAGGACCUGAGGUGGUUCAGAGCCAACCACGGGCCGGGCAUGUCCAUGAACUGGCCGCAGUUUGAGGAGUGGUCUGCAGACAUGAAUCGGACCCUCAGCCGGAGAGAGAAGAAGAAGCCCGCUGACGGCGUCACCCUGACAGGCAUCAACCAGACGGGCGACCAGGCUCUGCAGAACAAGCCCAGCAGCGACCUUAGUGUCCCGAGCGUCCCCACACGGUCAGCGCAGUCACUGUCCAGCUACAACCCCUUCGAGGAUGAGGACGACACGGGGAGCACCGUCAGUGAGAAGGAGGACAUUAAGGCCAAAAACGUGAGCAGCUACGAGAAGACGCAGAGCUACCCCACUGACUGGUCCGACGACGAGUCUAACAACCCGUUCUCCUCCACGGAUGCCAAUGGGGACUCCAAUCCAUUUGAUGAGGAUGCCACCUCGGGGACGGAAGUGCGGGUCCGGGCCCUUUACGACUAUGAGGGGCAGGAGCAUGACGAGCUGAGCUUCAAGGCUGGGGAUGAGCUGACCAAGAUAGAGGACGAGGAUGAGCAGGGCUGGUGCAAGGGACGCUUGGACAAUGGACAGGUUGGCCUGUACCCAGCAAAUUACGUCGAAGCGAUCCAGUGACAGCCCAGUGGGCGGGCUGGCGGAGGGGUGCGGUCCCAGGAACUCCGUUAGCCAUCGGCCUGGGCAGCACUCCGGCAGCUCCAGCCGGCCGUGGCGUCCACUCCUUUUCCUGCAGAAGAUGAUGGUUCCAUUGCUCUUGGCUUCAUGGUGUCUCUUGAAGACAGACGAGCCGGUCAUGUCACCUGGGACUUGGCAGCCUUUCCACAGUGCAGUUGGAGGGAUCUGAGCACCGGAAGACGCAGUACACGACACCCCGCCCUUGCCCGCACCCUCUCCCCGCUCAGUGUGCAUGUGGCUUAUCAUGGAUCUGAAUAUUCCUGGCCUGUCUUUCCGCCUCUCCUCCGCGUCUGGGGGGUUACCCUGAUUCUUGUUCCACCAACUUCUUUCUCUGAUGCGCUUCUCACCCGUAACUUAAAUGAACAAAAUGCCAUUUUCUGAGGUCCUUAAUUUAAGGCUGUGUACAGUGGUACUUUGUUGUACCUGUUCAUCCAUUCAUUUAGGCUUAAGUUAUGGCACAGAUUGCCAUAUACCAGGCAUGAGAGGUGGUACCUCUGCUUCCGUGUUGAGCUGUUACUUGCCCACCACUGCCUGGGGCCGCCUGGCCCAUUCAGAUAGGGCGUGUGAGGCGGGAGAUCACAGUAGAGAAUGGGAGCACAUAUGGCUGGGUUUCUACUGUGAGUGUGGGUGUCAGAAAUAACCUGUAGUACUCCCCGAAGUCUCCAUAUUUAAAAACUAUUUCCACUCUCUUCGUGCUUACAACUUUACUCUUGCAAAUGAAUAAUUCUGUCAGUGAUGUGGAAGGCUAAACUGAAAAGACUAGCUUUUCAGGCACAAGCACCUGUAGAUCAAGACACUUUAUGUGGGACUGUCAUGUCCUAGUGUAUCUUAUAUAUUAUUUGAUAUUCAGAGAAUCUAAAGAGCUUGUCUACUGUUUUCAUGAGAUUUUAAAGGCUCUUGACAGUGGAUUUAAUUUGUAAACUGCUUGAAGACCGUGGCCUUGGGGCCCAGGCCUGGCUGGUGGGCUGGGUGGGCCUUCUCCAGGCUUGGACGUGGGCCAGGCCCUCGGGCCCUGGAAGUGGACACUGCCGGAGGGGAGUUCGUGCCACGGGCCAGCUGCAGGUCCACUGCUCACUCGCCGUCGUCCCUCCGUAGCAGAGCACUGUGCGCUCCGGGCCUCUCAGCAGCUGCGGAUUCCGUCAUCGUGUCCCUCCUGAGCCAACGGAAGCUGGGCCUCACCCACAGCACCAGGGUCUCUUCGGAGCGUCCUGGUCAUCAGGGAGCAGACGUGCCGCGGCAGGAAGCUACACUGUAAUCAGGUGGGGAGGGGGGGAAAGCUUUUAUUUUGUGUAUCAGACGUGGAGAAAUGCUGCCGCCAUAUAAGCUAUGCAUUUACUCAUGUUCCAGUGAGCGCGACGUCUUGCUUGGAAGUGGUUGUGUGUAUGUGUUUAUCUUGAAGACUUACCAGCAGAAAUCCUCAUUCCUUUGCUACAGAUUACCAAAAAUUGUCAAGUCUUUUCAGUUCAGGAGUUUCUUUAAAUGUAUAGUAUUUUAGGGAAAAGAAUCAAUAAACUAUCGAUCUUGUGAGUGU